AUGACGGCUGUCUUAAUGGAAGAUUUAAAGCGUACCGAGCCCUAUGCUCGACUGGCACGCUCAAUGGGCGCCGAGGCAUCGACCAGUAUUCUUAAAGUGCCUGGUGCUUGGUGGUCGACGCUGUAUGACGGCUUCGCGAAGAAGAAGAAUGGUUCACGCAGCUGGACCCUGAUCUGUGCGGUCUUGGUCAAUAUAAUUGGCUUUCUGGUCAUUUCUCCACUGUCGUCUGCCUUUCUUUUUUCGGAGGAAGUUGUUGUCCCUCAAUCAACCCAUUUUACCAAUCUUAUCCCAGUGUCGGGGUCAGGAUCAGGAUUGCCCAUCAAUGCAGAUCGCUCGACAAACUUCCGGACGAUUGCCCAUCUGCUGCAAAAUGUAUCGACAUCGCCGUGGAUCACGGAUGACUAUACAAUCCUUCCGUUUUGGCCGGCUGAUCUCCACCCAUCCCCGAUUACUUCUUUGCCGACAAUUUCCACUCAAAAAUGGAAAUCAGAAACGACAAUGUUCAAGAGCGAGCUGAGCUGCACUGAAAUGAAAUUGGAACAAAAGACCAGUGGUAUUGUAGAAUAUGAUCAGGGAGGAACAGCGGCGGCUUCCAACUCCACGGUGUGGUCAUCGCCCGAUGGAUGUCGGUACGGGAUAUCGGUACCCACAUCCUUCUGGAACACGGGCGGAGGCAGUUGGUCCGAUGCGUCUACCUUCUACUGGGCAGAAAGCGCAUUAGAUUCGACAGACGCCUUAGAAUUGACGUCAAAUCAUACCGCUGAAUGCAAUGGUAGAGAUAUCAUUCUCGUCACCGAGUCAUGGGAAUCCGAAAAUGCCAUCUUCUCAGCCCAUGUCUGUGAGACUCAGUAUCUUAUGGCAAACAUCACCGCAACGAUUUCACUCACGGGCAAUGACCCAGAUAUCGAGUUUGAUGAAACCGAGUUUGAAGAGAAUAAAAUCUCGAUCCCAGAUACCCUAUUCAACACAACGCAGUUCAGAGCCCGGAUGCUGGAUUCAAGCUGGCCCACCUACAUGAUUUCCAUCCUGUGGUCCAAUACCGCAGUACUCGGGGGUCCCUCUGUCCUCCUUGGAGCCUUAUAUGAUUAUAACAUGACGGCCUUGGUCAAUUCCCCCGAUUGGGUCUCUUCGGCGGCCAAGGCCCAACAGCGCUACUUUGGCGAAGUGCUGCAGACGGCGUUGCUCCACGAGGGUGCUUCACAAACAACCGCACUCCAGGGCGUUAUCCAUGAUAUUGAAAGUCGGGUCGUGGUACAGGCCGGGCCUGCUAUUGCUUUGGGAGUGCUCUUUGGCGCCUCUUUUGUCCUUUUACUCGUCGUCUGGUGGGGAGCACAACUACGACGACGGCCAUUGAACCUGAAGGACGACCCGGCCUCAACUCUCGGCGUGGCCUGUCUGAUGGCGCAAAAUGACCGAGUCCGAUCCGGCUUUCAGGUUUUUAGACAACCGUCAGGGAAACAUCUUCGUGAAAUGUUACAUGGACAAUGGUUCUAUACAGACCCUCACGGCUUGACCCGGUAUAAUCCUGGCGAGGCAGCCCGGCGGGGUGGAACUCAAUCCGAGAAUGGGACGCCACGGCUCCUUCGUCUGCCCGCUCUCCUUGCCCUAAUUACCGUUUUGCUUGUCGUUGGGGCCGGUAUUGCGGUACUUUGGCACUUUGCGGAGUCAGUUGGGCUGUAUGAAAAAGCGUUCGUCUACCAGGUCGAUAUAUCCUUUCUCAGCAAUAGCAUGUCCUCUGUGGUUCCGAUCUCCAUUGUCCCAACUUUGAUCGCUGCUAUCAUUGGCUUGUGGUGGAAUGCCAUUGACGAGAAAUUUCGCCAUCUCCAGCCCUAUCUGGCAAUGUUAGAGAACAACCCACCACUCGCUCGUGGUGCCGGUUUGUCAUAUCAAUCUUCGUUCUGGAUGUGGGCAUGUGUGAAGGCAGCGCUCAACCAGCAUUGGCUAUUGUCCUUGCUGACGCUGGGUAGCACCCUGUCCCCCGUUUAUACUACCGCCAUGUCUGCUCUCUUUGACCGCGGCCCAGGUGUGGUCACUCAACCCCUUAGCCUCAACAACAGUCUCGAGAUUCGGAAUAUCCCCUUUGUUUUUCCUACAGAACAGUCCUACUACCCCGAUGCUUCGAAUGACUAUGCAGGGGUGAUCCUCGCGGACUUGUAUAAAAACCUUUCCACACAUUGGAUGUACACCGCCACCAUCCAAUUGACCCUUAACGGAUCUGAGCCGGCAUGGAGCAAGGAUGGCUGGAAUUUUGUUCCUGUCAAGCUGAAUCCAGCAAGCAGAGUUGCCCUCCCGAACGAUCUAGACGAGUCCGAUGAAGCUGCAGCCGGUGCUCCAUCCAACAUCUCUUUCAGCACACCCGCACUACGCGGACGCAUCGAAUGUUCCCCUCACCCUAGCGAAGCAUUCCAGAACACAUCGCAUUGGCUGACUCCUCGAGACUUAAGUAACUCUACAAAAUGGAACACAAGCACGAUCCCACACGGUCUCACAAGCGGCUACCAGCUCGGCACAAGCUGGAUAUACAAGAAAAACAACCCCAGCGUCAUCCUCCCCCCUCACUCCGUCCGAGAACAUAACCACCUGUCCCGGCUCAGCGGCGUCUGGGACCCAAGCGUCGCGGUGGGCUACUGGUCCCCGAAUACCAAUCUUUCGACCUGGACCACGCGCGAGUGGCACCGCAACUUCACGGCCAAGUGGUUCUACGGCAAUGCCGUCACUGGCAUCAAGAGCAACCAGUUCAGCGCGCUCGACCCUAUCACCGACAUCGAUCUGCUCUUUCCCAGCCCGCCCUCGCUCACUAUGCUAAACUGUAGGCCGGUGAUCGAGUCCGCCAGCGCAACUGUCACCGUGAAUCCGGCGAACGGCCAAAUCCAGUCCUACGCCAUCACGAAGAACCCCCAGGAACGCGUCGAUGCCUUCGCAGACAACUUCCUCCCACAUAACGGGACCCAUUUCAACCGCACGACAGGCAUGAUCUCCUACAACGUGACUGUGAGCUACGGCCGGCUCUUCAUGGCCUCGAUGCUCACAGCUGCCGACACACUUCACAUUGGCGGCGCGGCGCAUAUCGGCGGCUACACGACGGAGGAUCUCGAUGACAACACAUACAAUAUCCGCGACAAGGCUGCCGGCUUGAACCUGGACUUUAUGAGCUAUGCGAUGUACAGCAUGGCCGGCAAGGACGCGAGUGCGUUAGCCGACCCGGUUAUUUACGCCACGCUCGCACAGCGCGCCUUCACCACGUUCUUUCAGCAUUUCGUCAGUAGUAGUGCUACCGCCACUGCUGGAGGAUGGGGCUAUCAGGAGAUCAACGCGAGCCUGCCGAACGAGCUGGGGCCGGUCGUGGAGCUAGUAAACGAUUAUCUGCCCGGGACGGUGGCAGCGGCGUAUCAGGACACGACGAACCCGAUCUCACGGACGAACCGCACAGCCGCAGCAACCGUCUCGCAGCGUGUCGAGCUGUUGCGCAUGAAUGCGGUUGCAGUGUGGCUGAGCAUCGGAAUCAUGGGGUGGCUCGUGGUGAGCACAGUGGUGGUGGCAGUGCUGCAGCGGCGGUACUUCGGGUCGCUGGUGCGCAACGUGGAGAGUCUGGGAGACGUGCUGGUGCUUGUGGCAGGCAGUGCAAACCUGCUGGCGAUGGUGCGGGAGAUGCAGGAGGGGCGGUUGGGGGCCGGGGAGUAUGGGACGUUGCGGGCGCGGCUGGGGUGGUUUGUAGACGAGGAUGGAGGGGUGCGCUGGGGGGUGGAAAUGGAGGAGGGAUUUAGGGGUGGGCCUGGGGUGCAAUGGGUGGCGACGCCGAGUUUUGGGGACAAGAAGAAGAAGGGGGUAGAUACGUGGGUGUUGGACAGUGAAGGCGCGAGGGUGUGA